GAGAGCAGAGACUGUCUUUAAAGAGACAAGUUGAGCCCUCAAGAGGAAGUUUGUGCCUGGACCCAAGAAGAGGGUGACACAACCAUGCCUGAACCAGCAAAACCUGCAAUAAAAAAAGCUCCUGGUCCUGCAAAACCAGCAGCAAAGCCUGCUGAAAAAGAGACCCCUAAAGAGGAGCCAAAAGAAGCCCAUAUUGAAGAACUUCCUCCUGAUGACACAAAUCCCGAAGAGCGCACCCCAGAACUAACAGGAUUAUUUAUCAAACCGCCAGAAAAUGCAUCAGUGGAAGCUGGGAAGGAUAUUAUUCUAAAAGCAACUGUUGAUGCAAGCCAACUGGCCGCAAAGCCAACAAUAAAGUGGUUUAAAGGCAAAUGGCUGGAACUGGGAAGCAAAAGUGGGGUUCGAUUCCAAUUUAAGGAAACAGUUGAGAAAGAGAAGAAGAUAUACCAUUUUGAACUGAAGAUAGUGAAGGCAAUUAUAGCAGACGCUGGUGGAUACAGAUGUGAAGUGGUUUCCAAAGACAAAUGUGAUAGCACUUCUUUCAAUAUUGACGUGGAAGCUGCAAGAGAUGAAGAUAAUAUUUUACAAUCUUUCAAAAGGACAGGUGAACAAAAAAAGGAUGAUAACGCCGGAGAACUUGACUUCAGUGCACUGCUCAAAAAAAGAGUGGAAGAAAAGAAAAAGGAGGAAGAGCCAGAAGGAAUUCCUCCUGAUGUCUGGGAAAUACUAAAGAAAGCAAAACCAAGCGAGUAUGAAAAAAUUUGCUUUCAGUAUGGUGUAACAGACCUUAGAGGCAUGCUGAAGCGUCUGAAGAAGGUGAAAGUGGAAAUCAAAAAAAGUGAAGUAAUUACUAAGAAGCUGGAUCCAUGUUAUUCAAUAGACAAGGGCCACAGGAUUAAAAUGCAUGUGGAGGUUUCAAACCCUGAUGUUCCAAUUAAAUGGUUUAAGAACGGUCAGGAGAUUCGUACCAGUGCAAAAUAUGUUUUUGAAAAUGUUGGUCUGAAAAGGGUAAUAACCAUCAACAAAUGUACCCUGGCAGAUGAUGCCCAAUACGAGUGCCUUAUAGGUGAUGAGAAAUGUUCUACAGAGCUGUUUGUCAAAGAACCUCCUGUCACAAUUGUGAAGCCACUUGAAGACCAGCAGUUGUUUGUGGGAGACAAAGUUGAAAUGGAAGUAGAGGUAUCAGAAGAAGGAGCCGUAGUCAUGUGGAUGAAAGAUGGAGUUGAGCUGACUCGUGAGGAAUCAUUCAAAUUUCGUUUCAAGAAAGAUGGGAAAAAACACAUUUUGAUAAUUAAUGAGGCCACCAAAGAAGAUACUGGACGAUACCAAAUAAUGACCAAUGGUGGAAAGUGUGAAGCUGACCUCAUAAUUGAAGAAAAGCAGCUUGAAGUGAUUCAAGGCAUUGCUGACCUUACAGUGAAGGCCACAGAUCAAGCUGUCUUUAAAUGUGAGGUGUCUGAUGAGAAAGUGACUGGUAAAUGGUUUAAAAAUGGCGUAGAGAUCCGACCAAGCAAGCGCAUCACAAUGACUCACAAGGGCAGGAUUCACAAGUUGGUGAUUGAUGAUGUAAAGCCAGAAGAUGAAGCUGACUAUACUUUUAUUCCUGAUGGGUUCGCGUUGACUCUUUCUGCUAAACUUAAUUUCCUUGAGAUCAAAGUUGAGUAUGUUCCACGUCAAGAACCACCCAAAAUCCACCUUGAUUGCUCUGGGGGUGAACAUAUCAAUACCAUCAUUGUCGUGGCUGGAAACAAAUUGCGUUUUGAUGUUCCAAUCACUGGAGAACCCGCGCCAACUGUUGCCUGGUACAAAGGAACCGAGGAAUUUUAUGAAAAAGAAGGACGGGUGCAUGUUGAAAUUAGGACAGAGCUAAGCAGCUUUGUGAUUGAAGGGGCUGAAAGGGCUGAUGAAGGCAAAUAUAACAUUGUGGUGACCAACCCUGUUGGGGAGGACAAGGCCACCCUGAUCAUCAAAGUAGUAGAUGUGCCUGACCCUCCUGAGAACGUUCGCAUCACCAGUGUUGGGGAGGACUGGGCUAGUGUUAUAUGGGAUCCUCCAAAAUAUGAUGGUGGAAAGGAGGUAACAGGAUACCUCAUUGAAAGAAAAAAGAAAGGCAGUCAGAGGUGGAUGAAGAUGAACUUUGAAGUGUACCCAGAGACUUCAUAUCAAUCAGUAAAGAUGAUAGAAGGCAUCUUGUAUGAAAUUAGAGUGUUUGCCGUGAAUUCCAUUGGUAUAUCUCAACAGGCCAACACAUCCAAACCAUUUAUGCCAAUAGCUCCAACUAGUGAACCUCUACAUUUGAUUGUUGAGGAUGUCACAGACACUACCUGCACUUUGAAGUGGAGACCUCCAGAUCGUAUUGGAGCUGGGGGAAUUGAUGGUUACCUAAUUGAGUUCCGCAAAGAGGGAGAUACAGAAUGGACAGCAGCCAACACUGAACUAGUAGAAAGGUGCGGCUACACAGUGAAGGAUCUUCCUACAGGAGAGAAGAUUGAAUUCCGUAUAAUUGCAGUAAAUAUUGCAGGAAAAAGUGAGCCAACCUCACUGACUCAGCCUGUCACUAUCCGGGAGAUUGUGCAACAACCAAAGAUACGUUUGCCUAGACACCUCAGGCAGACCUAUAUUAGAAAAGUAGGAGAGCAAGUGAAUCUGGUUAUCCCCUUCCAGGGAAAACCAAGACCAAAGGUGUCAUGGAGCAAAGAGGGACAGCCUCUGGAUUCCAAACUAGUUAGUUUCAGAACUUCUGAAAUUGACACCAUCCUCUUCAUACGAUCAGCUGAAAGGGGGCACUCUGGAAAAUAUGGCCUUUCUGUACAAAUAGAAAACAUGGAAGAUACAGCAACAAUCAACAUUCGAAUUGUGGAAAAAUCUGGCCCUCCUCAAGCAGUAUCCGUGAAAGAGGUUUGGGGAUUUAAUGCUUUUGUGGAGUGGUUACCUCCAAAAGACAAUGGAAAUUCAGAAGUCACAGGCUACACUAUACAAAAAGCUGACAAGAAAACAAUGGAAUGGUUUACUGUAUUUGAACACAACCGGCAAACCCAAUGUACAAUUUCAGACCUAAUCAUGGGUAAUGAAUACUACUUCAGAGUGUUCAGUGAGAACAUUUGUGGCCUUAGUGAGAAACCUACCGUUUCCAAGAACACAGCCGUUAUCCAGAAAACAGGUAUAGUCUACAAGCCACUGGACUACAAAGAAAAAGAUGUCAAUAUGCCUCCUAAGUUCCUUACCCCUCUCAUAGACCGCACUGUAGUGGCUGGAUACAGCACAGCCUUGAAUUGUGCUGUGAGGGGCUUUCCAAAGCCUAAAGUCAUAUGGAUGAAAAAUAAAAUGGAAAUCAGAGAUGACCCCAAAUUCAUCAUGAAACACAAUCAGGGGGUCCUCACUCUGAAUAUACGCAAACCCAGCCCUUUUGAUGGUGGAACCUAUACCUGCAAAGCAAUUAAUGAGCUGGGAGAAGCUGAAGUUGAUUGCAAACUGGAAGUCAGAGUUCCCCAAUAAAGAUGCCUCCAGUUACUUGGAUAAAAAAGUAAAACAGGGUUUGGAUGAGUUUUCUACUGACCUUCUACAAUGAAACCACAAAGAAAAUAAAGAACAGCGUCUCCGACACCCUGCAUGUUUUGUUAUGUCACAGUUGUUUCUGGGCUUUUUGAUGUAUUUGUUAUUUGCUUUAUCUGGAAAGUAAUUGGACUGAAAUUGUCAAAUAUGUGGAAAGCAUUAAGAGUUGAAGCGGCAAGUGCCAAGUGUGCCAGCUAUUCACCAAAUCAAGAGUAGUUAUGCAGUUUCAUAUAUGCACAAGGGAAUGGGAGGAGCAGCACGGGGCACAGACAACUCUGGAUGACUCUUUAAACGGCAUCUGUCAGCAGAUUUGUACCUGUGAAACUGGCUGACCUGUUACAUGUUACAAGCUGAAGGCAUCUGUGUUGGUCCCAGGUUCACAUGUGCUGAGCAAAAUUAUGUUUUA